UCCAAGCACAGUGUAAAAUGUAUAAUAAUUAAAAUCCUAAUCGGUCUUUAAUCUACAUAAGCAAAACGUUUCCAGAAAAACUCUGAAGGCGCAAAUGGUUUGUUUGGUGGAACUAGAUGGUGCUGCUGAAAUUGGCUGAGCUUCUCUACGUUGUCUGAGAAGUUAUGCGGCUAGUUGCUAUCGGAAAGUUUGAUUCGUGGUAAAAAGUUUUGCAACAAUUCACCUCACCUGUGUGAAGAGGGAAAGAAGCUGCUGCUGCUGCUGUCCAAGGAACUCUGUAUUACAAAUGGAGUCCAGUGAUGCAGAAAAACCGCUGCUGUCUGAGGGCUUUAACGCCGUAGCUUCUCCGGAAUUCCAGUCUCCCAUAUACGACAGUGGGGUAGCUACAGAUGAUGGGGAGCGAGAGACUGAGAGGGAGGUUUCAUUAUCAGGCAGCGCAAGGGGAGCUGGUGGAAGUCCAGCACCUCCACAGUCCGAGUCCACGUCACAAAUCCAUGCACAAGUGACAGAGAGUUCCAUGCAAAUAACGAAUGAACCAUCCGGCCCAUGUCAUGUUGUUACUUGUACAGUGUCUUUUGCAAUAGCAAUUCCUAAAGGGCAAGAAGAGCAGAGCAGUGAAAGCAAUGCAUUAAAGAAAGGAAAAAUAAAGGAAAAUAAAUCCAGUAACACAGCCGAAGCUCCCAAAGCUCAGAGUUACUACCACAUGGAAUACAUACUUCUCCCAGGUGACCCCGAGCCAAUGAAAGUGGACAUAGUGAUGUUUGGCAUGGCUGCAAAGAUUUUCAUGGAGAAUGAAACUAUGCCAAGUGGUGUAAAACAACUGAUAAUGAAACACAGAAAGCUGUUUCGUAAGAGUCAGCCAAAACCAAGCUUCACAGGCAAUAAAGAUAACAGCCUUAGAGAUGACAGGAAAGUGUCAGAGUUGAGCUUUGAGACAGGAGAAGUUGGCAUUGCCUCUUCCCUUACUGGUAUGCAGACUGCUUUAUCUGUCGCUUCAGACGCAGACGACAGUUCACCACAGAGUUUUUUGGGUGAGCAAGAAGCAGCUGUGCUUGAUACCAGGACUGCUAAACUCAAAGCAACCCAAAAACAGACUGUAUCUACUACAAGUACUGCAGCACAGAAAAAGGCCCUUAUUGAUCCAUCGCCUAACUCAAUAAAGAAAAACAGCAAGACAGUGCUCAGUACCAUCUUCAGGCAGAAACAAGUAUGUGCGCAGAGGAGCACAAGCAGCACUGUCAAUGACAGGACUGAUGAAGAAGAAUGCAGUGCAUCAGUACACCUGGACCCAGUUCAUCUGCUUGCAGGAAAUAAAUCAGUGACAGAUUGCCUGUAUAGUUUAUCUCCUGCAAUCCUGGAUGGCUUCUGUACUGUUUCUAUUGAACAGCCACUCAUUUCGGAUGAACUAAAACAAGAAUUGAACCCUCUUGUUAUCAAAAUAGGGUCUUGCACAUGUUUGCCAACACGCCCGGUUCCUAUUCAUGAACUGAAGGUAAAAUGUGCUCCAGUGUAUUGCAGAUAUCAAUUUUAUAAUCUGACUGACCACCGGACUGCAAGCCGUGAACAUGGGACACACGUGUACCUCAAAGACGUCAACGUUAUUUUUACAGGCCUGCUGGGAAAGGGAGAAUUCCGAGAGUACGUCCGCGGAACUCCCAUUGAGAUCGAGAUCCACGACAGGGACAGGAAAAUGGAAGAAACAAUGAAAAAGUCAGCUUUGUUCGGUACUGAGCCCGAAGAUGCAAAAAUAAGCAAUGUGGGCCUUGUGAGUAGCCAGCGCACUACCCACAAUCCAUUUACAGACAAGGAUAAAUUGUACAAUCCGUAUGGUGUUGCAAAGUUAGACCUUUCUGAUCUGUUAUAUGGGGAAAAGCGUUUGAAACUGACUCUGCCCAUUCACGCUUCACCACUUCCAGAUCCUACAGGCAUCCGUGGUAUUGGAGGGUCUGGGAGGAUUGUGGGAUAUCCCGGUUCUGUAGAUGGUCCACAGGACCCUGCUUUGCCAGCGGGACACUAUUUGGACUCAUCCUCUCAGCUCAAAGUAACUGUUGAAAUAGUUUGUCCACUACCUCUGGAGUCGGAGGUGAUUAAAGGUCAGACGUCAGAUUGUCCAUUUGGCCGUAUCAUUUGUAUCUUUGAUAGUCUAAACAGCUCUGCCCUCAAAAAGCUAAAUUCAGAGAUAUGCAGGAUCAAUUCUGCAGCGCUUCAGCUGGACUCCUACCCUGAGCACUUGCUUGAGGCUGCUUUUAAUUCCUAUAAGAUGAAACCCCAGCAAAGGGAAAGCACUGAACUAGAUAUCGUCACAGGUUUUCACGUUCAGGAUGAUGAAAUUCACCUUUUUGUGCUCGAGGGGCUGAAGGAUAAAGCAAUUCAAAGACUGUGGGAGAAUAUACCAAGGUGUGACAGUACCGGGGAAAGAAUGUUGAAAGUGCUCUAUAACUCUGAUCUGUGCUUCCAUCAGCGCCUGUACGCUAGCCUGGAUCUCAACCUCUGCCGUGUCCAUCUCCACAAACCUCUCUCUGAUAUAAUGAAGCAGCCUCUGCUCUAUGUCAGGGAUAUGGUACCUCAGGCGUGUUUCCAAGCUUUGUCAAGAUUGGAUUUGAUUUGCAAAUUAAAAAAGCUUAAAGAUGUGACGCAUUACAAUCUGUUCCCAUCAUCUGAGAUGAUUCUGAGUAUGAGCCAAGAGUUUGGUAUUCCACUAAGAAAAGCAAGUUUGGAUACUAUGAAUGACUUAAAGCUAACAUCAAACCAGUCCGCUGUAGAACCAUCAUCUCCGGACUUCAAGUCAACCACUCAACUCAACCCAUUAGAUAAUUAUAAUGAAAAGUAUGUGGAAUGGAAACAGAAAAUUAAUAUAAUGCUUGAGGCAGGGAUCGGCAAAGACUUAAUUCAGAUAGGUGAUAAUAUUCAUUGUGUGCAUCAAGCUAGCAGGAAGUUACAAGGAACAAAGCCUGAUACAUUUGUGGCUGUUCUUGCUCUGGGCAAGGAGGUCCACAACUACAGCUGCCAGACAAUGAACUCCACCGAGCAGGCAAAAGAGCUGCUAUGGAGAGAGAUGGCAAAGGAGCCAUCAAGGAGGGUUACAUACUGCCAGGAGUACCAGUCAGCCACAGUGAGUCCUGUAGAUCUCGAGGAUGAAUUGAAAGAGGCUGCUGCCAGAUCAAAGGCUGCCUGGCGUACUUGGAACGGCUUCACAUACCCAGGAUUCAAGAGCAGCAUUGAGUCUAACGAGCAUGAGAAACGACCUUCUGAAGCACGUGCAGAGGAGCUGGAAAAGGUACUGUCAGCCCGUCCUAUACGGUUACCCAGACCGAUCUAUAUUCGGUUUCACAAACGUCUUUGCAAAACAGGAAUGUUAAUAUCGCCAGAGCACCCAGAUGCAGACAGGGAGUAUUGUCUGAGUGCGCACUGUUUACCUUGGGAGGAAAACAUCCUGCAUGCCAACACUUGUGCACCCACCUUGCUCCGGGACAGAUGGGAGUGGAGCAAACGACAUGUUGAUGUAGAGCUGUACAAGAAGCCCCCUCUCUUCUUUGGUACCAGACAUCCAAUUACAAUACACUUGGCAGAGAUACUUUGCAAGAUGAGCAGCUUGCAUAUGCCGGGAAGCAAUACAUCAAUUGGCUGAACAAAGUCAUAACUGAAGAUAGUAUGAAAUUCUACAGGCGUUCCAGAGUCUGAG